CCCUUCUGUCUUCAUAUGCGACAGAAGUCUUCAUACCACACGUCUGCAAAAGCUCCUUCUUCGCCCAUCCAGGUAUACACAAUGAGCGCCGAAUGGAACCAAUGGCGACGCAGGCAAAGUCCAAACAGAAGCGAGGAUAGUGAGGAUGAUGGAUAUGAAAAUUCCGACCGUCGUGCAGGUUCACCUGUUUAUGAUUCUGACCAGCGUAGAGAUCCUGAUUGGUGCGGAAAAUCUGCCCGGUAUGCAAAUUCUGGCCGGCGAGGACACUCUCCCCGGUAUGCAGACUCUGACCGGCACGGAAACCCUGCCCGUUAUGAAGACCCUGGCCGGCAAGGACACUCUCCCCGGUAUGCAGACUCUGACCGGCACGGAAACCCUGCCCGUUAUGAAGACCCUGGCCGGCAAGGACACUCUCCCCGGUAUGCAGAUUCCGACAACUAUCGUGAAAAGACUUCGGAAUAUGAGGUCAACACCUCCACAGAGAGUAGCGACGACGACGACGAAGGACAACAAUAUCACGGACGAUAUGGUCAACCUGCGGUCUCUAACCAACGAAAAUCUUAUGCUUCACGACGCCCUGUUCACCAAGAGUCAGAGGAAGAAGAAAGUGAGGAACAAGGAAAUCAGUGGCUGGUUAAUUUCCUUGCAGGAGAAUCAAAAUUCAAAGCAAAAAAGCUUGCUAUUAUAAAACAAGGUAUACAACUGAAUGAGUUAGAAAGUAUGAUUCAGCAAAACACACACAUCUUCCAAGAAACAGAAGAAGAUGUGUAUUUGAGACCUCAGCUUAAGAUAUGUGUCUGGUUUUUGUCCCCCCGAGGAUGUUCUGCAAGGUCAAGUUAUAAAUGCAGUGAUUUGCAUAUAUGUCCACAGUAUAUUUCUGGUUCUUGCAAUGACAAAAAUUGUCCCAAGGGGCAUGAUUUGAUCACUUCUCACAAUAUCCAAAUUUUACAGCCGUAUUUUUUGAGAUAUAUUAACUCAAAUCUUCUAACAAAUAUCUUGCAAAUCUCUCUUGCUGACAUAGAUAACGAGGAAGACAAUGAGCCUCUCAUCAUAUGUGAAAAGUACAACCAAGAUCAAUGUUUUGACAAGAAAUGCCAAUAUUUUCACUUCUGCAAAUAUCAUCUGGAAAGUAGGCUUAAGUGUAACGGUCGUAGGUGCAAGUUAAACCAUUCUUUUACGGCCCCGGCCUGCAUUGACCUUCUUGAAAGAAAAGGUAUUGACACUAAUGAGUCUCCUAAGGACAUUUUAAAUGAAAUCUUCACCUGUUUCCCAGAAUUGGAAAAAUCCAACAGGCAAACCUCAGUGAAAAACAAAUCCUCGCAUCAACAGGCAUCUCCAUCCCUCUCUCCACCUCGGAAUCGCAGAGCACCUCCUCGAGCACCUAUUGCUGAGAGUCAAUGGACUACUGAAGCAACUGAGUUAGAAGGAACUGUAUACAUACCUGAGAUUUGUUACAAUUCAGUGGAAAAUAAGUGUUACAAUGAAAGGUGUCAGCGACUCCAUUCCAACUUACCCUUUCAUUGGCAGGUAAGCGUUGAUGGCGUUAAUUGGAUCAACCUCCAUAAAUCCCACGUUGGUCAUUUGGAAAAAGAAUUUUCUGAUCCAAAUACAAUCAGAACUGCCCUUCCUGUACCGAAGGGUAAGGAUGUACAUAAGAAACUUCUUAAACUCCUGGGCCCAAGCAAAUGCGUAGCAGACUUUGAAGAUAUGCAAAUUACUAGUCCUGGUUUAAGGACACCAUUACAACUACGACGUAUAGCCCUAGAACAAGGAAGUAGCGAUGCAGAAAAGUUGUUCUUGUGGUAUUUCUUGGAUGGGAAUAAUAAGUGGGUGCAGUAUGGAGAAGUAGACACAACAAAAAGAACAUUCCUCAAAAGCAGCAUAACCUCAGAAGACAUAGAAAAGCAUUACAUUCAAAACCCUCAAAAACUGAUGACCUUUAAGAAUGAUUUAUUUACAUAUGAGCUUGACUUCGUUCAAAUGAAGCAGGAGAACCAGUCCACAAACGUUGUUCGGGAUGUAAGACGUCGCCCAGUACCACCUCAGAUGUCACCAUGGUACUCUUGGUUUGGAAAAUAUCUAGGAAAAAUUUACGAAUGAGAACGUCGUUUUCUUCGUAGGAGAGAGAGAGAGAGAGAGAGAGAGAGAGAUGAUAACAUUGAUCUCCUGUGGUUUUCUGUACAAACCUGUUUUAGGAAGUAAUCAGGAGGAAGAGUAAGGAGAAUGCGACCCUGGAAGAAAAAUGCAACUUCCUAAUAGAGUUAUCAUUGAAGGCCUAAGAUAUCACUUAAAAACAACAACUUGUAUAUUGAUUUUUUGAUUAACGUAUUUAUCUGGGGCUAAUAUUUUUCCCUCAAUUGUAAUAAGUAAUUUCUGGGGAUAUACAAAUCCCAAAACUAAGGACGCGUCUACACAGAGAAAGUUCAAGCGAGUAAAGUUAAAUGUUAACUCGCUACCCGUGUGGACAAGUCUAUAAACUAGUGUUUUAUAUAUAAGACCUUUCGCUAUUGCUAUUGAGGACGUGGUCUAUAGUAGAUGAUCCCUGUUUGUUCCAUUAGUGAGUAUUUUUCUCUUGAAUUUGAGCAACACUUGAGUACUUUCAUAUGAAUAUUCGUUUGCUCUUACUAGGAAAUAUGCAAAAUGUGUAUUACUUCGAACCUUUGAACAUUUAUCAGCUUUAGAGCUUAUUUGCCUGAACAUUUUUGUUCUAAACUUGGUAAUGUGAACAUUUCUUUGUCUUUGUCUUAUAGUCAUUAAGCAUGGUAUAUUUCGCUAAUCGCAAGUCAUGGUUAUUCUAAAUUACUGGUAGAUGAUUAUACAUUGUUUAGUUGAUAUGUAAGAUAAUCAAAAUAAAAAUGUCUUCCUUGCA